AUGCAAGCCCCCAUCAGUCGCUACAACCACGACGAGACUACAGCCACUGAUCCAGCAUCGAUCACUGGCACGACUACCUCUGGGACCAUAGCCACCACCUCCGAGAUAAUUCUUGCUCCUAGCUCAACUGGCUACACUUGCACCAACAAUGAAAAGAUCCCAUUUCCAGCUGAUGUCCUUUGCGACACUAGGGGUACUGGCGCUGACCCCAACAUGAUCUUUCUCACCCAAGUGACUGGCGAAGCCACGAUCAAGCACUGUCGUGAUGUCUUUAGGGGCCUGGAUGACUGUACUGCUUUUGCUAUACAGCCAAAUAUCUUUUGUGAUCUCUGGCGAGGCAGAAUUCAGGGGACUGAUAGCUCCAAAACUGACUGGACUUGGUACUCCUUGGACUGUUUCCGCGAUCUGCCUGAGCUGCCUACGAGUUCGGCAAGAACAGCUCUCACUGCCGAUACUGCCACUAAUGAAGUUGAGACAUCUUCUACAGUACUCACAACAUCUUCAGCUGAUCUUGCUAUAAGCACUGAAACGACCACCCUCGCUUCCGCGACCACGACCGCCGGUAUCGGCUGUCCCGAUGGAUUCCCAUCCAAGCCCUCAUGCGGCGUUUUCCAAGAGUAUACUGGAGGAGGAAACUACAUCAAUGAUAUAAGUGGAACACAUUCGGUGAAAGAGUGUCUGCGGUUCUGCAUAAAUGAUGACACCUGCACUCUGUUUUCCCAUGGCUCAGACUUUUGCGGGCUGUGGAAUGGAGACUUCUCUACCAAUAGGGUUUCUGCGGAUUGGAGCUGGUAUGAAUUGGGCUGUUUCUGUGUGGAGAGGGCACCUGUGGAUUAA